AUGCCUGUUUGGACACUUAUUACUGAUAUCCUUUUACCAAUAAUUAAAAAGCCUGUCAUAGAAUUAGAUACUCAUCUCAAAAAGACGUUUCAACGACAUUUAAAAAUUCUUCUUGGCUUAUUAAUCUGUUUAACACUGACUAUUACUACUGAAAUUAUCAAUACAUAUAAAAAUGAAUCAAACACUACCGCAAUGUUGGAUAAUUUUAAAAACUCUACUACAACUGAAAAUAAUGUUUAUACAACACUUGGUAUUCUUAAUAUUUUCAUAUUGUUAAUUGUUACAAUAUUUAUUUCAUCUCCACUCUAUGGUAUUAUUGUAUUUUAUAUAUCAUUUAUGAGAGGUAUAGAAACAAUUUAUCCAAUAAUUGAUCUAAUAAAUUUUAUAUUAGUUUAUCAACAAAAAAUGAAUCAGCAAUAUGAUGUUUAUAUUAAUUUGAUCAAGAAUAAUACUGAGAUACCGAUUUCUACAUCACAUUUUCUAUUUCCAUCUAUAAGUUUAUUAAUUUCAUUUGGAAUAUGUAUUAUCAGAAUUAUUUUAUCAUUUCAAAUUGUGCACAAUGAAGUCGAAAAACAUUUUAAUAAAAAGUUUCUAUUCAUUUGUAUUGAUUUCUAUCUUCAAUUACAAUUAUUUAUACUCGGUUAUUCGCCAUUAAACCCUUUGAUGCUAUUGAGAAAAACGGUCGUAUUUUGUCUAUCUGUACAUUUAUUAGUUCUAUUUCAAGAUAAAACAUUUUGGUGUGGACUAACUACUUCUGGUGCCUACUGGGUUUAUGAUAAGAGAAGCCUUUUAAGUAAAUUAGUUUUAAAAAUAUCAAAAAUAAAUUUCGAUAUGAAAUAUCAACUUCCUGGAUAUAUGACAGCUUGUUUCAUAAUUUUAUGUCGAUGUACAAUUGGUAUAAUAUUUCUAUCUAUGAUGUUGUCUUAUUCAAAUGAUCAAACUAUUUUAUUACCCCCAUUUAAUUCUCAUAUAAAACUAUGUUUUUAUACUCUAUUUAACCCUGGUAUCAUGAUCAAUGGUUUAUUUAUUAUCUUGGUGGUCUUAUUCAUUUAUGAUGGAUGGAAUUAUUGGUGCUAUUUGGAUACGAAAGGUGUUGUGUGGUUUUAUACAGGUAUGAAUUAUUUAUCUACAUGGAAGGCCGGUAUUAGAAUCAAUCUGAAUAAUAAAAAAUAUAGUCGGAAAACAGUUUCAACAAAGACGUUGAACAUUGAUAACAGUGCAUUUCCUAUGUCAAAAAAUCCAGUAUUAACAGACCGAAUAUCCUCGCCAAAGUUGAAAUUACAACACAGAAAUCCUUUGACAAUGUCGUUACAAUCGAAUCAAAGCGAGGUAACAAAUCUUGAAAAUGAUAUUAAUGAGAAUCAAUCGUCAUCUGGUUCUGAUACUUUUAAUGAUAUUCCCAAAAUAGUUAAACCAAUGACAAUAGUUGAUGAAGUCAGUGAAAAUCAAAUGAAUUCAAAUAUUUCCAAAAUUCUCAUUCGGUUUUACGAUGAAAACAAUGAAGUUAUUCUUCUUCAACCUGAACUUAUUACAAGGAAAAGAAACAACAAUUCACAAACAAAUGUAGAUGAUGUAUUACUAGCAAAAGAUCAAGCUCGUUUUCAAUUAAAAGAAUAUGAUAUUGUCAUUAUGCAAUUAGGAAAUACAGGUGUUGGAAAAUCUUCUUUAUGUCAGGCAUUAACAAAUAAUCCAGGUUUUCGAGCUGGCACUCUUAAUGGUACAACAUUGGUACCACGAGCAGGUAUUAUCGAAAAGGACAAUGAUCUCUUAUUCCCCUCUGAUAAACGGAUAAGAUAUGUAAUCGUUGAUGUUCCCGGUUUAAAUCAAGCAUGUGUAACAGAAACACGUAAUCUGUAUAUUUCUCAAACAAAUGAUGUUGGUCAAAUUAUUGAAGAAAAACUUAAACUUUCUCACAUUGAAAGAUUAAUUAUUGACUUAUCAAAACUUAUGACAAUAUGUUUGCUAGUUAUUGAUGAUAAAAUAUUAAACGGUUUUAAAGUACUCUAUGAUAAAGUCAUUGAUAUGUUAGUAACCGGUAUAAAAGAAGGACAUAUAAAAAAAUAUGCUAACAUAUCAGAUGAAGAAUUAAAAUUAUUGGUUAUGAAACGUAUAAUUAUUGUAUGUAAUAAAUAUGAUCGUUUAUUUGACUAUGAAAAUUGUGAAGAACAAAAACAUAUUAUCAUCAAUGAUAUUGAGCAAGUAUUAGAUAAAAAAGGUAUACCAAUUAUUUUUACUGUUGCCGCAUCAUAUUCUGCUUCUAAUGGUUUUGGACAAUUUACUGAAAGAAAAACAAAUGAAUUAAAGUCCCCUAACUAUAUACAAACAAUUAACGAAUUAAAACAUGUUAUACAUGAAAAAAUUCUAGAACAUAAAGAAGAUUUAAUUGAACAAUUAAAAGGUCAAAACAGACGUACAAAAGUUGUGCAGGAAGCAUAUAAACGAGGAAAUGAACGUUUAAUUGCUAAACAUCAAAAUAAUAAUCGAGCUAUAAGUUUUCUUUCAACUGCGCCAGGCAUAGCUCGAACAUUUUACUAUCGUGCCAAGGAAAAUGAAUGGUUAAAGUCAGUCACACCAAAUAUAGCUCAAACGUUUUAUCAGCGUGCCAAAGAAAUAGAAAAGAGUUGGGGUAUUAAUACAAAUAGAGUUCAAAUGAAUAAAAUUGUACAUGAACAUAAAUUAACAAAUUUUGUUGGUUUUAAUCGAAAUAAUCAAUAUAUUUGUAAUAUUUGUGAAUCUCAAAAUGAUAAUGGAACUCUUCCUCAUGUAUGGUGGUACUGUGAGAAGAAAGAAUGUUUCGAUAUUAAAAAUAGAUGGUAUAACAGGAUUAUUGGGUGGCCAGCAGUCACAAGUAACGAUCAACAGGAAAUUGCUGAACAGAAUGCAGAAGUCAUCUCAUUACAACUAGUGAUGCGCUGUGAUUAUGAGGUAACUAAGGUCGGCUGGACAGAAACAUCGUGGUCGACAAAGGAUGUUGAUCAACCAUGGAAUAUUAUCGACGAAUUGCGAGCUAUAUCGAAAGAGCUAAAUGUUAGCGUGGCAGCCGUAGCUCUGCGAUGGAUAGUUCAACAACCUGGUGUAACAUCGACCAUCAGAGGUGCAAAACCACUUGAUCAGUUGAAUGAUAAUAUGCAAUGUGUCACAUUUCAAUUGAGUGAUGAACAAAUGGCUCGAUUAACAAAAGUAUCGGACACACCACUGCCAUAUCCGUUCAAUAUGAUCGCCAGCUUCAAUUGA